UAACGUGUUGCUGUUCAGCAUGGACAAAUUGAAAUUUAACAACUUGGUAAUAUCAAACAAGAAGUUGAUUCAAAAGGCACGUGCCCAGACCAUCGCUAAGCUCGUCCAAAAAUUGAGAAAGUCGAAAGAUGGUCUGGCCAAGAAUCCGGACAGCGAAAAGGAGAAGAUUCGCCAGCGAAAGAACAGCGAGUGCUUGGCCCAGCUGAAAGCUUUGAAAUGCUUGGACAUAGUGCGGCAGUCCCUGCUCCAGGAAGGCAUUAAUCCCAAUACAGUGAUUGCCAGUGAACGCUCCACUCCGGAUGAACUGGGCAUCGCCAUGCUGCGACUAAACAAAAUCAUGCACGGAUUGGUGGACACCUUUGUAGCUUCCCUGAAGCUAAGCACCGACAAGGAGGCCAAGUGGCGCGAGGAGAUACUGGAGACAAGCAAGCGACGGUUUAAGAUUGAACGUACGGAGGAGAAGAAGAGGAAACGUAAGGAGCUGAAGGACCAAAAGGCACAGACAAGGAACCGAUUGGAGUGGCUGCAGCAGAAUAAAGUGGCCGGAGCUGAGGGCACAGAGGUGGAGGCUAAGGAUUCUGGCCAGCUGGAAACAGAGCAGCAGAACCAAUCUGCAAUCCAGACUCAGAAACAGCAAGUCAAAGUUGGUAAAAACGAUGAGCCCACAGAUGCUACAAAGCCAGAGAAACCGAAACUAAACAAGAAAAACAAAAGUGAGCGCAAGCCUCUUACCAAAACAGUAAAACCUCAACGGCUUCCGCAAGUAGUGGGUGAAAGCAAGGAAAACUCUCAGGAUAAACAAACAGUGCGAGAAAUCAAGCAAAAGCCUAUUGAACGUACAGAAAAGAAACCUAAACUGCGAUCAGAUAGAAAGCACAGCAUUGAAGAGAAGUCAAAACCAGAUAAAGAUCGUCCCACUCACGUUGUUGAUCCAUUUUUCAUCACCGAGUCUGGGCAGCCAUAUUUAUCCACCGCUGUGGUUCAUUCAGAGGACAAUGAUAGCGAAACUGAGGAGGAGCAGAGGCCACCGCCAGUCAAAAGGUACCGAAGUGAUGACCAACGAGGUAGCAAUCAUCGUGAAAGGCCUGAGAGACAACCAGCGUUCGGUACGAAAAAACAACACGAUGAUCGGCAUCCCUCCUGGGUGGCCAAGCAGCAACAGAAGCCCAUUAUUGGUGACUUCAGGGGUAAAAAGAUCACCUUUGGUGAGGAUGGACAGGCGGCAGAGAUUAGGCCUCCUAGAAAUAGUCCUGCUCCCCCAGCUGCCGCUCCAGCAUCGACCGAAGGCAUGCAUCCCUCUUGGGUGGCCAAGCAGAAGUGGAAGCCCAAAAUCGCCGAUUUCCAGGGCACCAAAAUUAAGUUUGACGAGGACUAGCAAUAAACAAGCUUAUAGUAUUUUGAUUUUUUAUU